UAUAUAGAUGCAUGGAUUCACAUCUUGAAAUUGAUACGUUUAUAUCAACCAAAAAUAUGUACAAACUCACGGUUCGUAUACUGAUUUUGAGUUUUCUUUUGUUCUCUGGAUUAUCAAAUACGGUAUUAGCCCGAGUACGAUAUGAAUCUCCAAGCCAAAGGAAGGAAAUAGGAAAAGAAGUUUGGGAUCAAACACUCUUUACCGAGAUCAAGAUUGGUGCAGCAGGCAGUAAUUCAGGGAGAGCUCCUUCAUGUAAUAAUAGUUGUAAACCUAACCGGCCUUAAUAAAUAAAUAAACAAAUCUUUGUUUCAAUUUGGCAAAGUCUGUAACAUAUAAAGAUAUGGAUCUUGUUCUUCAAGUUGAACCUUUCAAUCUCCAACUUCUCUCCUGUUAAAUUGCAU